AUUCGAAAGACCAAGGCGAAAGCACGUCGAUGGCUGUCAUGGUGCAACAGUGCCUAAGCGUGCCUCUGGGUGACGCUUUGCCGGACGAUGUACAUGCCGUGUCCGUGUCCAUGCCAGAAUGGCGGCACGUCGAGCUGUAUGAACAAGGUUGUCCGGAGCUACAUGCGUCGUUGCGGUCGGGGUACCCUCGGUUCGUGUACCAUGCCUACGUGAAGGCCGUGAAUGAGUGGUGCUGGGAGAAGUACGUCAAAGACCCGAGCAAGCUCGCGUACGUGCUACCCACACAUGCUGUGGCCAAGCGAUGUGAAGCGUUCCUUCUGGCCACGUUUCCCGGUCCGAUCCCGCUGAUCGAUCUCCACAUCUCCGGCGCGUUUGCGAUUGUCGUGCCCGUCGAAGCCGUCCGAUACUUCAAAUCGUUCUGGCAACACAGCGGAGAAAUCCUAUCGUCCCGCAUGGCGCUGCAUAUCCUUCAGUUCAAGGACCAAACCAGUCCUGGACGAGCAGCCAAAGCCAUGGACGGGACGGCCGCGCACGCGGCACUAAGAGACCGUGUCGCAUCCUUAUACCCCCUCGUCACACCGCGCGACGUGUUCUUGUACCCGUGCGGCAUGGCGGCCAUCUUCGCCGCGUUCCGUGUGGUGCAAAAGCUCAAGACCAGUCAGGCCCAAGUUGUGCUGUUUGGGUUUCCAUACCUCGACACAUUAAAAAUGAUGCGGCGGACAGAGUGGAGCUCGGGGGACGUGCUAUUUUACCCCAACGGCAGCGACGCCGAUUUGCAAGAACUCGAAAAAUUGGACUCGAUUGCUGCGAUUUUCACGGAAUUUCCUACCAAUCCGUUGCUCCACAGCGCAGACUUGAAGCGCCUGGCAGACAUUGCACACCGACACAACACCGUCCUUGUCGUGGACGAUACCAUUGGCUCGUAUAACGUUCAGGUCUUGGAAGCAGGCGUCGAUUUGGUGGCUACCAGCUUGACCAAGAUCUUUACUGGGGCGGGCACUGCCAUGGGCGGGUCGCUGGUGGUCAACCCUGCGAGUCACUGGCACACAUCUCUGCUCGCAGAGUACGCGGCCGACAGCUUUAUCUUUGAAGACGAUUGUGUCGAAAUCCUCGAUGCGUCCACGGACGUCCGAGACCGCAUUGAACGAGUGAACGCGUCGGCGUCGGUGAUUGCGAGUCGCUUUGCCGCCCACCCCCAAGUGCAGACGGUGUACUACCCCAAGAUGAUUGACACGGCCCAGUAUAGCGCCAACUUGACACACCACGACGCCACGACGGACGCGUUUGGCCCGCUCAUGUCGGUGGUGCUCCAUGGCGGCGAGUCCACCGCGAAAGCAUUUUACAAUGCGCUCGGGUUUGCAAAGGGACCGAGUCUCGGUACCAACUUUACCUUGUCGUGCCCGUAUACGCUGCUGGCGCAUUACGAUGAGCUGGAUUACGUCGAAUCGUGCGGUGUGGACCGCAACUUGAUUCGCAUUUCCAUCGGUCUCGAACACGUUGAGGAGAUCUGGGGCCACAUGGACGUGGCGCUGCGGGCGGCCGCCGAAGCCGCCGACGACGCACGACCGGUGGUUGAGUAAAUGGCCCACUCACUACCAGCGGUAGCAAGAAGGAACAUGAUGCUGCAUCCAGCGGACAUAUCCCACGCACAAGCCGGCCAUUCAAUUGGCAUUGCCCGUGAAUACCUCUGCUCGAUGCGCUCCCCCUUCUUUGUACUACGUACUAGUAGGAGUUGAGCCGAGUAACCCAAAUACUCAUAGACAAAUCAUAGGACGAUUACACUACUGUAUUCUUGCGGGUUUUCAAGUGACUGUGAAUUACUGGUACAGUAUUACGCGAAUUAACUAACAGUAAAAACUGACAGCAAAUACC